AUGAAGACUACGCUCAAGUAUGUAACAGAAGUAGAGUUCUCAUCAAGAAUCGAGCUUAAGAUGAAGAUGAAGGCAACUACUUACGUUGUACGUCACAUCACCGACAUUAUGCCGGAGAAUGAAGUCAAGAUGGAAAACUGGAAGCAUGUCGAGAAGUUGUGCCUCGCAGAUCCAACAUGUCACACUCCAGGUCACAUCGACUUGCUUUUAGGAGUCGAAGUUUGGAGCGAAGUUAUUAAACCUGGAGUGAUCAAUGGCCCCUCAGGAACACCUGUAGCACAAGAUAGUCACCUGGGGUGGAUAGUUUGCGGAAAUGUGAGGACAGAGCACACUGCCACAAAAAACAUCGUCAGCAUGAAUCUUAACGUUGAUCUUAACAACAUGCUGAAGAAGUUCUGGGAGUUAGAAACCAUAGAAGAAGAAAGUACUACACUAACCUCAGAGGAAAAGAAGGCAGAAGACAUUUAUGAGAAGACACACAAAAGAAAAGAAGAUGGUCGUUACGUGGUCAGGUUGCCAUUUAGAGAAGAACCACCUGUGCUACCACGUGACUCACGAGAGAUAGCAGUGAAGAGAUGGAUGUCGCUAGAAAGAAGAUUAGAUAAGAAUCCAAAAUUGAAACAAGAUUACAACGACGUCUUACAAGAGUACAUAGAUCUGCAACACAUGACGAAAGUAGAUGAUGAAGAAAGAGCCGAGAAUUGCGUGUACCUACCACAUCAUGCUGUUGUACGAGACGACAAACAAACCACACGAGUUAGAGUUGUAUUUCAUGCUUCAUGUGCUGGAACUAAUGGGGUUACCUUAAACGAUGCAUUACUCGUAGGUCCUACUCUGCAAGAAGAUUUACGUGAUAUACUGCUGAGAUGGAGAACGCACAAAAUCGCAUAUGUCGCAGAUAUCAUAAAAAUGUAUCGGCAGAUUGAAGUUAAUGACGCAGAUACAAAUUAUCAAAGAAUUGUUUGGAGAAGUGAUGCUCAAAAACCGGUAGAAGACUACAAACUACUUACCGUUACCUUCGGGACCUCUUGCGCUCCCUACCUGGCCAUCAAAACCUUACGUCAAGUUGCGAUAGAUGAGGGUCAAGAGUAUCCUGAAGCGCAGCGUAUAAUACUAGAGGAUUUCUACAUGGAUGACGUCCUGUCGGGGCAUGAAACAGAAGAUGAAGCUAAAAGAAAUCAGAAAGAAAUCACAGCAAUUCUCAAAAAGGGUGGGUUUGAACUUCAAAAGUGGAGUUCAAAUAGUGAAGCACUCAUGCAAGAGAUUGAACCUGUAAAACGAUCACCAAAGGCCCAAAGAGAAGUAGAUGGAAGAGACCGUAUUAAGACUUUGGGUAUAAUUUGUAACACUAAAGAAGAUAAAUUACAAAUAACGAAUAAUUUGAAAGACUUACCUGAACAACCAGUCACGAAGAGGAAUGUUUUAGCAGAUAUAGCAUCAUUAUUUGAUCCGAUGGGUUGGCUGGCGCCUGCGGUAGUCAUCGCUAAAACAUUCAUGCAAAAAUUAUGGCAGUUAGAGGUGUUGGUUGGGAUGAAGAACUCGCAGAUGACGUGA